GUUAUUACCGACAUUAUAAUUCUCAGCUGCAUUAAAUAAUCAAUAACAACAGUUCCAAGAGUUAUUAAUACAUUAGUUUAAAAAUGGAGAAACAUUACAAUAGGAAUUUUUUUACCGUGAAAAUAGUGUAGUAGAAAAGUGUUUAGAUGACAUCAAUAGUUGUUUUGAAAAUUUCGCAGCUGUCAAAGAGUAGGAAUCCCAUUUUCGUAUCCUUGGUGACUGCCCUAGCAACCAAUACAACAACAUAGCAACAUUAGAGAGAAGGAGCAGUAGCCUUGGUGACGAAGCCAUGGCAACUACAGCUCGCUAUGCUGCAGGAGGCAACAACGGCAGUGGACCUCCUACCCCUACACCUGCCACCACACCCCCGACACAGGCCCAGGCCACACAGCUUAUCGUCCUCCCUGCCAGUUUGCACCAGACGAGCACAAGUGGAACUUUGGUAAAUGGAGUACCUGUAAUAGAUGUGUCUGCGUUAGAACAAGCCGCAGAAUCCAGCAACGAAAGCACAGCGACUGCAGAGCAGCACGCAGAUCGCCACGAAAACGAUCCGCUAGCGACCAGUUCGCCGCACUUCAUAACUGUCACAGUUGCCGACGGAGACGCAGUGGCUUCUCAUCAGGGUUACCACAUUCAAUAUGUCGAGCCGGAGAUUUACGCGUCGCAAACUAAUGGUGGGCAAGCACAAAUGGCGUAUCCGGUGUAUACAGUGGGCGAAUCGGGUACCCUCUAUUCCGCCGGUCAAGGUCAGUACUACGCGGCCACAAAUACCGGCGCCACAGCGGUCACAGGUACCGCGGUCGGUUAUACCGCCGCCGGCGGUCACUACGUGGUCCAACAGACCGUCGAGGGCGACCCACUUAUAACUUCUUCAAGAAACUCGCCGCAAACUACAAAUGCGGAUUCGAGUUACGUGGCCACGGCCACGGUGCAUGCCUCUUCUUCUUCCGGCCAGAUAAGCGACGACGUGGGAUCGGCCCUGGGACACGCCACCAGAGUCUCCCCCGCCACUGUGCAAUGGUUAUUGGAAAACUACGAAACCGCAGAGGGCGUGUCUUUACCGCGCUCCACCCUUUAUGCGCACUACUUAAGACACUGCGCAGAAAACAAGUUGGAACCUGUGAACGCUGCGUCGUUUGGCAAACUUAUCAGAUCCGUUUUUCUUGGACUAAGAACUCGCCGAUUAGGAACAAGAGGUAACUCCAAGUACCACUACUACGGUAUACGCGUGAAACCGGGAAGCUCCCUGAUGAACAUGGACGAAAGCGGUACCAGGGUAGUGCUAACCUCGAACAGCGGAUCGGGUAAAGCCCAAGGUACGGUGCGACCUUUCAAACGCAGCUCGGACGCAUCUGACUCGAUCUCGAUUAGCGUGCUCUCCCAACACGUCACCUACUUGGGGGACGGAAGCCACGCCAUACCGGCGUUUCCGGAUAUGCACUUUACCGACCCGUUGCCGGACGAUUGCGGGUUCGAAGACGUCGAUACUUUAAAGUCUAUUUAUCGCGAACAUUUGGAAGCGUUUCUGGACGCCAUUCUGAGCUUGGAGUUCUCCACCGUCGAGUCUUUGUGGAGGGAGUUUUGGAGGUCGCAGUACAACAACAAUGGCGACGAAUGCGAAGAAGAAAAGUACUUGUCGAAGUCGAAAUUGUUUUGCUUGUGCAGUUUGGAGCCCGUGCAACACUUUAUGCGACAAGUUGACUUGGUGUUUUAUCAAAAUCUCAUACAGGUUCUAGUGCCCGAUGUUUUGAAGCCCAUUCCUGCUACAUUGACGCAGUCCAUACGUAAUUUUGCUAAAAAUCUGGAGAACUGGCUGACUAGCGCGAUGACUGGCGCGCCCUCCGGCAUGCUGGCCGCCAAACUGUCGGCCGUGUCGGCGUUCUCGUCGAGCCUGCGCCGCUACACGUCGCUGAACCACCUGGCGCAGGCGGCGCGCGCCGUGCUGCACAACGGCACGCAGAUCGCGCAGAUGCUCACCGACCUGAACCGCGUCGACUUUCACAGCGUGCGCGAGCAGGCCUCGUGGGUGUGCCAGUGCGACAACGAUCUGGUCGCGAGGUUCGAGAACGACUUCAAGCUGACGCUGCAGCAGCAGAACUCGCUCGAGCAGUGGGCCUCUUGGCUCAAGAACGUGGUCAAGAGCGCCUUGAGGCCCUACGAGGGCAAGGCCUCCUUCUCCAAGGCGGCCAGGCAGUUCUUGCUCAAGUGGAGUUUUUAUAGUUCCAUGGUCAUCAGAGACUUGACACUGCGUUCCGCAGCCAGUUUUGGCUCUUUCCACCUCAUCAGAUUGCUCUACGACGAGUACAUGUUCUAUUUAAUCGAACAUCAAGUCGCAGAAGCCACCGGCGUUGUUCCCAUCGCCGUCAUACUCGAGGGCAUUAAACAGGACAUAAUGCAAAACAACUUGAGCGUUUACGGGGACAACGUUUGCAACGGGGGAAACUCUAAAUUGGGUUGCGUCAGCCCUUCGGAAACCAAACGUCAGAAAAUUAGCUAGCCGCCAAAAAAAGACGCCAACACUUACGUCGUUGCUUUACCGUAGUAGAUCAAGUUUUUUUUUCAUUGGUACGUUUGAUUUAGUUUUGUUCAUUGCAGUACGCGCACCUUCAAAAUAACGUGGGACCAUUUUUGCUUUAGAAAAUAGUUUAGGGGUUUAUUAAUUACAUUUUGUUUCUAACGCAACAAAAACUCCCAUUUACUACCACCUAUUUAUAUUGUGCAAUUUAUUUGUUUGGCCGAAAUGUGCUGGAAUAUAAAUAUAAAUAUUAUAAGUGCCGUCAAAUUAUGUGUGACAAAUAAUAGUUGUAUAUAAUAACAUAAAAAAUGGCGCUAAAAAGGAAUUUGUAUGUUGUUUAAUAGACGUAUUCAUUAUGAUUUACCUUAACGCACUUUUGAAUGCACCAAAAAGUUGUUUAUUAAAUGAAAAAGACAUCGAACAUUUUUUUCAAAUCUACACUAUGAACUCUAGUGAAUUGAUCGUGUUUCUAGUAAGAAUCAAAAGUUAACUGUGUACAGUAAACUGGGCCAAAAAAAUCGACUAUUUUUUUUUGUAAAGUUUAACAAAAUUGACUCAGAUAUAUUUUUUGAAGGCAAUUGAAUGCUCCACAAAAAAGGUCAAAAUGAAAUUUUCCG